AUGCCUUCCCGCUACGCAAACGUUGACGAAAGUGCCAUUAUCGAGAUCCCCAAUGAGCCAGCCACUGGGGUCUCUUAUUUCACACCGAAGCAAGAGCCACCUGCUGGCACAGCUGUUUCCCCAGACGAAGGUAACCAGGGUUUGCCAAAGCUGUUUGCACCAUUACGGAUAAGAGGACUUGAACUGCACAAUCGCAUUCUCCUUUCCCCUCUCUGCCAGUAUUCUGCUGAAGAUGGGCAUCACAAUGAUUGGCAUUUCGCUCAUCUUGGUGGUAUCAUCUCGCGCGGACCAGGGCUAUCAUUUGUGGAGGCUACUGCGGUCACACCCAAUGGCCGCAUCACUCCAGAGGACUCCGGGCUCUGGAAAGAAUCCCAAAUUGAGCCACUGCGAAGGAUAGUGGAGUUUGCGCAUGGCCAGGGCCAGCGUAUUGGCAUUCAGCUGGCACAUGCCGGGCGCAAAGCAAGCACUGUCGCACCCUGGUUGAGUAUGGCCCGUGGCCCUGCCGCUUCCAUGAAAUCUGUCAAUGGCUUCGAGAACGAAGGUUUUGCACCGCGCCACGGCUGGCCAGACGAUGUGUCCGCUCCUAGCGCUAUCGCUUACAAGGACAAGAACGUGAUUCCACGGGAGAUGAGUCAUGGCGAGAUCCAAUCGUUGGUGGAGGCAUGGGGCAAAGCAACCGAAAGAGCCGUACGGGCAGGCUUUGAUGCCAUCGAGAUCCACGGCGCUCACGGAUACCUGAUCCACGAAUUCCUCUCGCCGGUAUCCAACCAACGCACCGAUGAUUACGGAGGCUCCUUCCAGAAUCGAAUUCGGUUUGCACUACAAAUUGUGGAUGUCUCUCGGCAGAGCAUGCCCGAAGGUAUGCCUCUUUUCUUCCGUGUCAGCGGAACCGAGUGGCUGGAGCACCUCGAGAGUGAGCCUAGCUGGAAUGUCGAUGAGACUAUUCGGUUGGCUGAAGUGCUAGCAAGUCGAGGAGUGGAUGUUCUCGAUGUUUCCAGUGGAGGGAAUGACCCACGACAGAAGAUUAUCGGUGGACCUGGGUACCAGGCUCCGGCUGCUCUCAAAGUGAAGGAAGCCCUUGGCAACCGACUUCUCGUGGGAACUGUUGGGGCGAUUACCUCCGGUACUCAGGCAAAUGACCUGUUGAGCAGUGGCCUUGAUAUGGUCUUGGUUGGACGACUGUUCCAGAAGAACCCCGGCCUGGUCUGGCAGUUUGCGGAUGAGCUUGAUGUCGACGUCAAGUCAGCAAAUCAGAUACAUUGGGGCUUUGCUGGACGUCGUCGAAAGUGA